AUGUCGAAAUAGCCACCUUAAUAGUCUGACCCGGAUUCAUUAGUAGAGGCAUACGAGUAAUUGCAAAGCAAGAUGGCACAUAGCAAUUAUGAUGUGGUUGAUCAAAUUGGAUAGAUUUGCUAAAGUGUUAUGUGGGGAGAUAAGAACAAUGACACCUUUUUUGAUUACUUUUGUGAUCAGAAGACGAUGUCAUUGUACUUAGAUUUGGUGCAUACUGGAUAGAGGGAAGUUGUAGUGGCAGUAAUUAAAGCAAUUACGAUGCUAUUGCAAAAUAUACAAAGACCAGUUAGCAUAAAUUACAUAUUAAGUCAUAGUGCAUUGAAUGGCAUAAUCAUAGCAGAUUAUAACUUUAGGGAUGAUGAAAUCAUAGCUUAUUACAUAAAUUUGUUAAAAUGUGUUUCAAUUAGGAUUGACGAGCAGAGUUUGCAAUUGUUCUAUAAUUUGAAAUUUAGCACAUUUCCAAUGUUAAUGAAGGCCAUCUGUUUCUACAAGCACAAGGAGAACCUAAUCAGAACAAGUGUGAGGAACAUAGUUUUAGGAACAACCAAAAUCAACCUACCAUAAUUGCGUAGAUAUGUGAGAUCCUUCCCAUUCACAUUGUUUUAUGUUCAAUUUAGUUGUUACAUGAGAGAUGCUCUCUUUUACAUUGGAGGUCUCAUUCAGGAGGGCAGACAUGAGUCACACAAAAUAAUCAAAUUGUUGUUGGAUGACCAAUUGGACAUACUGUACUUUUUGGAAGACCUCCUAAAAACCAAUGUCGAUGCUUUGCCAAUCAUUGUGAAUUCAAUAAUGGUCUAUGGUUUUGUUCCAACGAUAAUAAUGGGAGUUAUUAAGAGUGGUUAGCAAUCCAUCAAACUCAAUCAAUAGCCAUAGAGAUAAUCAAUGAAUCAUCAAUAAUCUCAAAAGUAUUAACACAAUCGUGGAUAAUCCUUAGGCAAUUUCACAUUUACUAAUAUAUUUUAAUCCUCCCAAUAAACAAACAACUAAUAAUAAUAAUAAUAAUAGGUUAUUGAUAUUAAGUUUUGUCUAUUCAUUUUAAUCCAAAUCUACAAGAGUUUUAGUUUCAGCUAAUUUUUGGAUUUAUUGACUCUAUUCAUUUUGGGAAAGGAUCCAGAGAUCAUUGAUUUCAUAACAUAAUUAAGUAAGUUCAUAUUAAUGUUAGAUUCGAAUUCCAAGUUAAAUUCAUAUGAAAAGGAUGUAAGCAUGAGUGAGACAUGGGUAAUUAAGGAGAAAACCUUCAUUCAGGCCUACUCUUAGUUCAUUUACAAAGAUUGUGAAAUCAGCGAAGAUGUCAAUGUAAAUGACAAAGAGGAAUUGUUGAAAGGGGUUUCAUCAUACGAAACAUAAUCAGUGAAGCGAGAAUUGAAUUGUGAACACUUUAAAUCAUUAAUAGGUGAUCCUAAGAGAUAUGAGGAUCUACUGAGCAUUACUGACAUGUGUGAUAUUACUAUAGUGAAAUCAUAAAAUAAAAGCAAAGUAUCAGCAUUGAGUUUCUUGGAAAGAAAUGAACAAAACAAAGUAAAUGGAAAUACAAAUACAAAUAUAAACAAUACUCAAACACCAUUUUAUGCUUUGAUGAAACAUCUAGAAAGUAAUGAUGACACUGUUGUAUUUAUGGUGUUAUUAUUCAUAAAAACACUUAGACACUCAAAGAAUAUCUCUCAUUCAGUUUUAGAAUAGGUUGGUUUCAUCACUCCAGAUAAAAAUAUGGAAUUGUAUAAAAACUGCUCGGAAACUUCUUCUUUUAUGCAAGAUAAGUUGUUAGGUAUCUUGGAAACAGGAUUACCACCUUACAGAUUAGGCACUUACAUCCUAUCAAUUUAGAUGUUGAUUGACUUUUGCAGAACGGAUCUUGAGAGUUAUGAUCUACGCAACAAGGAUAGAUUUAGAAAGAUAGUGUUGAAUCAUAUCAAUAAGAUAAAUGAAUACAUCAGAAAUCCCCUAGAGGUUCAUUAUGUCAUUGAAUUCUUCUACACGGAAUAUAAAAUCUUGAACAAGACAUCCAUAUCGAUCUGGCCACAAACACAUAUAUAAUUGUUGUAUGAGAUGACUCCCAAAGGGGUUUGUUAGAUUGACAUCAAACACAACGAGAGUGUUUACUUUAUGGAGCCUGCAAAUCAAUAGGACAAAGUCAGGAAAGACAUGCUGAUUUUGUUGAUAUUGAAAUACACAGCAUCAGUUCUUUGUGGAUUUGAAGAGCAAGAACAAAAAAUACUCGAUAAUCCCAAACCUUUUGGGGAUGGUCCUACUUUGAAAUACGUGUCAGGGAACAUCUAUAAUCUGUAAGAUGAGCCUUACUGCUAAUUCAGUUAACAUUAAUGCAAAUAUCAAAACAUUGAUUGCUGCAUUUUAGAGGAUUCUCACAAUUUAGUCGUGAUGGACUUGACUCAAGGUUAGAGUGCAGCUAAAUGCGUUGUCGCACACAGUUUCAAGUAUACAGAUGAGAUGGUGGAGAGACUCAAUUUGAAAAUGUUGCAUGUGACAUAUAGGUUUGAGAAUUAGAAUAAUGUGUUUGAUUUGGAAUUCCCGAACAAACAGUGUUGUUAGGCAGCUAAGAAAAUGACAGAAUAGAAGAAGAGUAGUUUGAGGAAGGAUGAGUUGGAUACUGUCACAUCAUAUUUAUAGGCACUCACAAAUACAAUGAAUUAUAAUAAAUGAUAAUUGUUAAAUAAAAUGAUGAUCUCA